AUGGUAGACAAUAUACCUUCGCGGAUGUUCAGGUGCGGCUGGUGUGGCGCGGUGAGCGAUGCCGCGCCCGACGCCGGCCCGACGCACCUCCGGCCACGGCCGCGCCGACGAGGCGUAUGGCGCGCCUUCAUGCGACUGCUUUCACGGCUGUCGUACCUUGUCGUCCUAAUCGUCCUGGCGCUCAUCACGUCCAUCGUCGCUCCGGGCAUUGGAUUUGUGCUGCCCCGUAUCGCCACCACAGCCACAUCUUGGAUCCUCCACGCAGCGUUCAGCUACUUCCUCACCGUAGGCGUCCUCUUUAACUACCUCGCCGCGACGUUAACAACCCCCGGCACUGUCGUGGAAUGCUGCGAAGAUAUCCCGCCCGCCUUCAAGCCCCGGGUGGCCGCCGCCGCCGGCAGCCGCUGCAGCACUAGUACAAGCGCUGGCGCUGUCGGUAGCGCCAAUGGCAGCGGAGAUCAUGAUCCAGCUUUAACUCCGUUAGCAAUCAGCGGGGACGGCAUGUACGGCAUGCACGACAGCGGCGUAGCGGCGGGCGGCGGGCGUGGCGGUACGGAUGCAGUGAAUGGAAAGCCGGCUGACGGAGGUAAGAGGCUCAAAGAUGAAAUCGCGCUAAGCCCAAGUCCAGCAGCCAACAUGAACAGCAAUGCCGCCGCCGGAGCUGACGCUGACGUGUGUAAGAAUCAUGCGCUGUCUAUGUCCGCGGUCGAGGCUGUGUUACCGGAAAGCGGCGCCUCUGACGGCACCGCAGCCGUGGUCCCGCCACCUGCUUCUACUCUAAUGCCGUCUUCGUCAUCGCCGGCGACGCUUCGGCCUCCCUCACAGCUCGUCCCGCAGUUCUCGUACUCUCACCUAAGACCCACGGGUCACAUCACUGCUACAUGUGCGGCCGCUGUGUGGUGGACCAGGACCACCACUGCCCCUUCAUCGCAAAUUGCGUUGGCAGGUGUUCGGGUCGCGGCUUACGUCCUGCUUGUGUCGCUAGGGAUCCUCGUUUCCGUCAGCAUGUUGCUCGUACAAUCCAUACGACAUGCCGUACGCGUGGUUGACGGCGUGGACCCGGCGGCGGCGCAGCGGGCCGUACGGCAUCACGUGCACCCCGCAUCGGACGCGAUGGCGGUGGCGUUGGGCGCAGAUGGGCCCGGUGCCGUGGGCUGUGCGGCCACGGUGCGCCGCCUCCGGCGGGUCAUGUACGGCAGCAGUAGCGCCGCUGGCCCCUGGAUGUGGAUCUGGCCGCUGUGGGGCCCGCCGCCGGGGGUGCUCGUGGCGGCCCUGGCACCGGAUGCGACGGGAUGCGUCAAUGGAAAAGGUCGACGACAAGGCGGCGGCGCCGGCGACAGUGGCGCUGCUGCAGCACUGGACUCGCUGCACCGCAGCAAAGCUAAAAUGCAGUGA